UUGAGAGAUGUCUCGACCCGCAGUCGCCGACUUUGUUGACUCCUUCUUCACCCGCACCCUCUUCCAGGCCGACGAUAUCCUUGCAGCGUCAGUGCUAGCCACUGAGCUUGCCGCAGAUGCCAACAUUAAUAUCAACGGCACUCCCCUGACUAGUUCCGAAUUUGUCACACUUAUUACCACCCAAUUUCGCUCCGCCUUCACCGCAGCUAUUGUCAAGAUCAAAGACCUCAACAUUGUGACUAGAAACGACUCCGGCUCUACAGGUGUUGUUGGGCAAUGGACGGCUUACGUGACCAAGGGGAAGGAAGAUGGGAAGGAACUUAAGCAGAGCGCGACGACGAUCGUAAAGGUGGAAGAGAGGGAUGGGAAGCCUAUUGUGACUGGAAUCUGGGAGGCGCAGACUGUGGAUGACGCUUGAUGCAGGAGCUGUGAGCUCUACAAAGGACUUGGGCCUGAUACUGUAGGAGUACCCUGCCGGGCGGAAUAGCCA